AAUAGCAAGAAUAGCCAAAGGUAAUAUUUUAAAAAAUGUGCAUAAAAAAAUAAAUAAAACAAAACAAAAUAAAAAACAUACUGUAUGAAACCAUCAUAUUUGGCCAAUGACAUUCAAAACACAUAUGACAACUUGUCCCAAUGUGACAAUGAUAAAAAAAAAAAUGAAGACUUCUUUUGAGAACAAAGUUUGUUCAGCAUUUCAGUUCAAAUCUGUCUUCAUUAUAUGAUUCUUGUCUCUCAGUGUGGUUUUAUAGUGUUCACAUGUUUACCUAAAUCCUGCACAAAUAUGAUUUCUUGAGAGAGCCAUUGUGACAACUUGCCCUUAUAGGGUGAAUUCAGUUUGAUUGGGACACUUUUUGCCAUUGAGAUGACUGGGAAAAAGUGUCCCAAUCAACCAGAAUUCACCCCUAAUUAUCUAAAUAUCACAGUUGAUACCAAAGCAAGGGUUUGAUAUAUUGCACAGUACAUCAUGACAGCACAAUGAAUUAAUUCUUUGCUCUGUUUACCAACGGAAUGCUUCUUAACAUUUCUAUGCACACAGGCUGUUAUUCAUAUGUAGGUGCAGAGAUUUGAUGUAAUAUCUGAGCAUUUAUUAUCCACCAGACGACUCUAACAUGCAUAUGUGAAGACAUCUCAACUGAUUUGCUCUUGCCUGCAGCAUCCGUCGCCCUAUAAUCAAAUACACGCUUCACUUUAAAGUCUAAAUCAUUUAGUCGUUUCUACACUAGUAUUGCCGCAGCAGUACUGGCAUUAAUCUCUUUUUUUUUUUACCCGGAGUUUUUUGACGGUAAAUGAGAGCCUCCCGGUGCCCAUUACCGUGCGCACCAGAUGAUGAGAGCGGAAUGAAGGUCCCUAGAGACUGCAUCAUGUGACCAACAAAACGUCAGUGGCAGAUGGCAUGGGUACCAGCGCUGGUGCCUGGCAUGGGUGUCAUUUCUCUGUGAAAGAGAGAGAGAGAGGGAGAGGGAGAUUAAAGGAAUUCUUACAGCUCCACAUCAAGCACAUGGGAGGCAGCUCUGAACGUCGCAAGGAAUUUGAACAUGCAAGCUGAACACUGAACGAAACAGGGACGAUGCUAACCGUACCAUUUGAAGACCCAGACAUGAUGCGCGAGUCUCAGUUUGGUGCGACAUUCACGCGUCAAGAAGACGCCCGGACACUCAGUAGCGCCGAGCUCAAGGAGGCAGAGGACGACAACACGGACAGGGAAGAGGAGGAGAGAGAGGACGACGACGAGAACGGUCUCCCGAAGAAGAAAGGCGCGCGUAAAAAGAAAUUCUCUGAGGGACGCGGCGAACGAGUUAAAAUGCGCCGCCAAGAAGCGAACGCGCGCGAGCGCAGCCGCAUGCACGGCCUCAAUGACGCGCUCGAGAGCCUGCGCAAAGUCGUGCCGUGCUACUCCAAAACGCAAAAACUCUCCAAAAUCGAGACUUUGAGGCUGGCUAAGAAUUACAUAUGGGCUCUGUCUGAGACUCUGAGCGCGGGAAAGAGGCCCGACCUGCUCGCGUUCGUGCAGACCUUGUGCAAGGGCUUGUCGCAGCCCACCACCAACUUGGUUGCGGGUUGCUUGCAGCUGAACGCCAGAAAUUUCCUCACAGAUCACAACGGGGACGUGUCGUUCUCGAGCAGGCCUCAUCAGUAUGAUUCUCUGUAUCCGUAUCCGAACGCUGAGAUGGCCACGCCCACCGGCCUCAGCUCUGGGACCCGGGACAGCGUCAAGCCGUUCCGACCGUACAACUAUUACGCGUCCUAUGAGUCCUACUACGACAGCGCCUCUCCAGAGAGUAGCAGCCCUCGUUUUGACGGCCAAAUGAGUCCCCCGAAUAAUUACAACGGGAUUUUCUCACUUAAAAAACACGAGGACCAAGUCGAGUACAGUAAGAACUGCCAUUAUGGGAUGAGAUACUGUAACGUUCCCGGUCGGGGCUCCAUGUACCGCGUUUCCCCAGACAGCCAUUUUCCUUAUGACUUACAUCCCCGCGGCCAAUCGUUCCAGAGCCAGGACGAAUUAAAUACGGGUUUCCAUAAUUAAAAGCGAACAUAGGGGUUGGACGCCAGAUACACUAAUCUGUUAAUUAAUUAGUGCUUGUUGCUGAUUGUUUUGCUUUGUUUUUGGCACGUUUGAUUUCAUCAUACGAUGUUUGAAAAAUACUGUAAAAUCAAUUCUAUUUAUUUCAGACUGCAUAGUUUGCUCAUGCAUUGACGCAGGCUGUGGUAGGCCUAUUACAAUCAAUUAAUAAAAAUAAAACAAUUCUCGUCUCGUAUACUGUGGAAAUGGAUUUAUUUGCGUGUUACAUGAAACACAAAAUCAUGAUAGCAAUAAUGGAACUAUGCAACACAGUAUAUGACAUAUUAUCGUGCAGACAUGUAAAUAACCUUAUUGUGUGAAUUUUAUUAUUUAUAGACAUCUGUGUCUUUGAACUAUACUCACUCUUUUGACUGAUUCCGCUUAAUGUCAACAAAAAAACUAUUGUGAUUUUGCAAUGUGGAAAUGUUUUUCCUAUUUAUUUUGUUUAUUCACAGAGGAACAUCGGGUCUUGUGAAUGAUGUGAAGUUGAGGGGCUCAUUUCGAUCGGCUUGUCGAAAAAUAAAUCUUGAAUGUGA